AUGACUAAUAUACCCGCUUUUCAUCAUGUUCCCAUCGUCGUGGAACAAUCUGGUAGAGGAGAAAGAGCUUUCGAUAUAUAUUCUAGAUUACUAAAAGAACGCAUAAUAUGUUUAAUGGGACCGAUAAAUGAUAUAAGCAGCUCGUUGAUAAUAGCCCAACUUCUAUUUCUUCAAGCGGAAUCUUCUUCAAAACCAAUACACAUGUAUAUAAACUCCCCGGGUGGAGUUAUUACUUCCGGUUUGGGUAUUUAUGAUACCAUGCAAUACAUUCUUCCACCGAUAGCUACUUGGUGUGUAGGUCAAGCUUGUAGUAUGGCGUCUCUAUUAUUAGCGGCUGGUACGAAAGGUAUGAGGACGUCGUUGCCUAACGCUAGAAUCAUGAUACAUCAACCUUCGGGUGGUGUUGUGGGUCAAGCUACCGAUAUUAAGAUCCAAGCUGAAGAAAUAUUGAAAUUGAAAAAACAAAUAAAUUGUCUUUACGAAAAACAUACUGGGAUGCCUUUGGAAAAAGUGGAAGCUAGUUUGGAAAGGGAUAAUUUUAUGACGCCUUCAGAAGCUUUAUCUUUCGGUUUAAUAGAUAAAGUUUUAACUAAACCUCUACACAAAGAUGGGAUUGUGGAAACGAAAACUAUAUUGGAUAGUUUUGUCGAUAUUCCUAAAACUGAUACCACCGAUAAAACUGAACCAAAAUCACUUUAA